AUGGCUACGGGCGCUUCGGCUAUCAAACGUUUGAGAAAUAAAAACUUUACCGAAAAAGAAAAGGAAAUGUUAAUGGAAUUAAUAAUUUCUCAUAAGAACGUAAUUGAAAAUAUUAAGACUGAUUCUAUUAACAUAAAGAGGAAAACCCAGUCGUGGAAGUAUAUAACUUGUCAGUACAAUAACAAGAACUCAGAAACUAGAAAAAGAACAGUAACUAAAUUAAAAAAUGUUUAUGAUAUGGCAAAGAGACGAGCCAAAAAAGAACUGAGUUCUGAUAAAGUUUCAAUGUAUAAAUGUAUGAAAGAUAUCACUGAUGAAGACCAAUUAGUAAUUGUAGAUUUAGUACAGUCAUGCCGUUCAGAAGUAGUUGAAAGAUAUAAAACUGGGGGUGGAAUGUACUCAAAAACUAUGUCAGGUGUCAGUGAACAGGUUUUGGGAAUUAUAGGUGACCGAAUAGAACCUCUUGUGAAUCCACACGACAAUGAUUUUAGCUAUACAGAACUGAUAGAAAACCAUAAUACAGACAAUUUCAAAAAUAUCCAGGAUGACAAUUAUAGUAUGGAUAAUGUAGAAGUUGUUACUUUCGACAAUGAAGAAAUGGAUGAGUUUAAUGUUUCUUUAGAAGACUUAACAUAUGCUGGUACUCAACAAAUCAACUGGGGUAAGAUUUUAUCAAACGAAAAAUGCGAAACAGUUACAUCAAAUGCAAGUGUUAUGCUAAAAUCAAAACCAUCCAACACUAUUCCAGAUCAAACAUCAGCAAAAAAAAAUAGUAAAAAUGUAACUGCUCCUAAAGGACAAUAUCAUUCAACACAAAAAACCGUUUGUGAAGGGUUACAAGAGUUAAAAAAAAAAAGAACGAAUAAAGUGGAAGCUAAAAAUGAGUUUUUGUCAGAGUUGCAAGAUAUAAAAAUGAAAAAAGCAAAAUUAGAACUUCAAGCGGCUGAAAUAACAAUUAAAAUACUAGAUACUGAACUUGCAACUAAACAAAUGGAAAUGGAUUAA